GCGUGAGGCCCCCAGCGACACACAGACUGAUUAGUUAAAUGUGCAAAAGAUUGAGAUAGCCACGAUGGGCGACAACACGCGACUCGUCUUCUUCGUCAACGGCAGGAAGGUCGUGGAGGAAAACGCCGACCCCGAAUGGACUUUGCUCUAUUAUCUGCGCAACAAACUUGGAUUAUGUGGCACCAAAUUGGGCUGCGCCGAAGGAGGCUGCGGCGCUUGCACGGUCAUGGUGUCCAAGAUCGACCGCAUAUCCCGCCAAAUUUCGCACUUGGCGGUGAACGCGUGCCUGGCGCCGGUGUGCUCGGUGCACGGGCAGGCGGUGACCACGGUGGAGGGCAUCGGGUCGUCGCGGGGGCGGCUGAGCGCGGUGCAGGAGCGGCUGGCCAAGAGCCACGGCUCGCAGUGCGGCUUCUGCACGCCCGGCAUCGUCAUGUCCAUGUACGCCCUGCUCAGGGCCACGCCCACCCCCGACCCGCACCAGCUCGAGGUCGCCUUCCAGGGCAACCUGUGCCGCUGCACCGGCUACAGGCCCAUCCUCGAGGGCUUCCGCACCUUCCUCGAGGGCCACGAGUGCGCCCGGCUGGCCACGCCCCCCUCCGACGGCGCCUGCGCAAAGGGCGACCAGUGCUGCCGGCGCCUCGGCAACGCCACCACCAACGACGUCACCGCCAAACUCGUCCAGCCCCACCACUUUGCCCCCUACGACCCCUCCCAGGAACCGAUUUUCCCGCCAGAGCUGCAGCUGGACGACGCCCUAGACGUGCACUCGGUGACCUUCAAAGGUGCCAGGGUCACGUGGCACCGCCCCACCAGGUUGGAGGAGCUGCUGACCCUGAAGCAGCAGCACCCUGACGCGAGAAUCGUGGUGGGCAACACUGAGGUUGGCGUCGAGGUCAAGUUCAAGAACUGCCACUACCCGGUGCUCAUCCAGCCCAGCCUGGUCCCUGAACUGACCCAAGUUGAAGUACUCGCAGGUCAGGGCGUCCGAUUUGGUGCCGCCGCAACCCUUUCGCAGGUAGAGGUGGCGCUGAAGCGGCAGCAGGCCGAGCGACCUGAGGCCGAAACCAGGGUGUUCAAGGCCAUCACGGACAUGCUCCACUGGUUUGCAGGGAAGCAAAUCCGGAACGUUGCGGCCCUGGGAGGAAACAUCAUGACUGGCAGCCCCAUCUCUGACCUGAACCCAAUCUUCCUGGCCGCUGGCUGCGAACUGGAGGUUGCCAGUGCCAGCAAGGGCAGGAGGCGUGUCCGGAUGGACGGCAGCUUCUUCACAGGGUACCGCAAAAACGUGGUGGCUCCUGACGAGAUCCUCCUGAGCGUCCUGGUGCCCUUCACCAGGGCCAACCAGCACUUUGUGGCCUUCAAACAGGCCAAGCGCCGCGACGAUGACAUCGCCAUUGUCAACGCCGCCUUCAACCUGACCCUAGAUCAGAAUAAGAAGGUUGAGUCUCUGCAGGUGGCGUUUGGAGGGAUGGCGCCGACAACCAUCUUGGCAGCCAAAACUUCAGCAGCUCUCCAGGGUCGCGAAUGGAAUGACCAGACCCUGGAGGCUGCCCUGGACCUUUUGGUGUCUGAAAUCCCUCUGCACCCUGGCGCUCCUGGAGGCAUGAUUCAGUUCCGCAGGUCGCUCACCCUGAGCUUCUUCUACAAGUUCUACCUGACCGUGCAGCAGACUCUCGGUAGCGUACCUGAGGAGGCCCUGAGCGCCACCAGGCAGUUCCAAUCUCUACCAAUCAAGAGUGCCCAGUACUACGAGGUGGUCCCUGAGGACCAGCAGUUGCACGACCUGGUUGGCCGCAACGUAACGCACCUGUCAGGAAUCAAACAGGCCACAGGUGAGGCCGUGUACUGUGAUGACAUUCCGAAGGUGGCAGGUGAGCUUUACUUGGCCCUGGUGUUGAGCACCAAGGCGCACGCCAACCUUCGCAAGGUUGACCCUUCAGCCGCCCUGGCUCUGGAGGGCGUGCACGCCUUCUUCAGUGCCCAGGACCUUUCUCCAGAGGUCAACAAGCACGGCGCCAUCAUCCACGACGAGGAGAUUUUCGUCUCCAAAACGGUGACGAGUCAGGGUCAGGUGAUCGGCGCUGUGGUCGCCGAGGACCAGCUGAUUGCCCAGCGCGCUGCCAAACUGGUCAAGGUCGAGUACGAGGAGCUGACGCCGGUCAUCAUCACCAUUGACGACGCCAUCAGGGAGAACUCUUUCUUUGAGCAGUUCAAGCCUCGGCUAACUAAAAAUGAUUUUGGCGCUGCUCUGCAGAAGGCUGAGCACCAACUUAGCGGCGAAGUGCACAUGGGUGGCCAGGACCACUUCUACCUCGAGACCCACUGCACCUUCGCCCUGCCCAAGGAGGAGGAGCUCGAGAUCUACUGCUCGACGCAGAACCCUGCUGAAAUUCAGAAACUGGUGGCGCACAUGGUGGGGGUGCCGCUGAACAGGGUGACGUGCCGGGUGAAGCGGAUCGGGGGUGGCUUCGGGGGCAAAGAGUCACGAGGGGUUUUGGUGGCCCUGCCGGUGGCGUUGGCCGCGCACAAACUUCGAAGGCCUGUGCGCUGCAUGCUGGACCGCGAUGAGGACAUGGUGGCCACCGGCGGCCGCAACCCCUUCCGCGGCCGCUACCAGGUUGGCUUCGACUCUCAGGGUCGCAUCCACGCGUGCAAAAUGACCAUGUUCAACAAUGCCGGCUGCUCCGUCGACCUCUCUUGCUCUGUGAUGGACAGGGCGGUGUUCCACAUGGAGAACGCGUAUAACAUCCCCAAUAUCGAGACAGAAGGUUUUGUCUGCAAAACCAAUUUACCCUCCAACACGGCCUUCCGAGGCUUUGGCGGCCCCCAGGCCAUGUUCCUGGCUGAAAACUAUGUGGAGGACGUGGCCACCUUUCUGGGCAAGGACCCUGCCGAGGUGCGCAGGCUGAACCUGUACCAGGAUGGCGACGUGACCCACUACAACCAGCAGCUGGACAACUGCACCCUGCAGCGCUGCUGGGACGAGUGCGAACAAAAGUCCGACUACGCCAACAGGAGGAAACAAGUCAACAAAUUCAACAGAGAGAACCGGUGGAAGAAGCGUGGGCUGAGCAUGUUGCCGACUAAGUUCGGAAUCGCGUUCACCACCAAGUUCCUGAACCAGUCGGGGGCGCUGGUGCACAUUUACCAUGACGGCUCGGUGCUCAUCAGCCACGGCGGCACCGAAAUGGGCCAGGGCCUGCACACCAAGAUGGUGCAGGUGGCCAGCAGGGCGCUCGGCGUGCCCGAGGUCGACGUCUACGUGAGUGAGACCUCGACGGACAAAGUGCCCAACACGUCCCCCACCGCCGCCAGCGCCGGCUCCGACCUCAACGGCAUGGCCAUUAUUGACGCUUGCGAGGUUCUGUUGAAGCGGCUCGAGCCGUACAGGGCAGCCAAUCCGAAGGGCAAGUGGAAGGAGUGGGUGAGCGCCGCCUACUUCAACAGAGUCAGCCUCUCCGCCACAGGCUUCCAUGCGACGCCAGACAUUGGUUUUGACUGGAAGACAAAGACUGGCAAGGCCUUCAACUAUUUCACUUACGGCGCCGCCUGUGCUGAGGUCGAGGUCGAUUGCCUCACCGGAGACCACCAGGUAAUCCAGACGGACAUUGUGAUGGACCUGGGCGAGAGCAUCAACCCCGCGCUGGACAUCGGGCAGAUCGAGGGCGCCUUCGUGCAGGGCUACGGCAUGUUCACCCUGGAGGAGGUGGUGUACAGCCCUCAGGGCACCCUGUACUCGCGCGGCCCUGGCAUGUACAAGGUGCCAGGGUUCGCCGACGUGCCCGCCGAGUUCAACGUGUCCCUGCUCAGGGGCGCCCCCAACCCCCGCGCCGUCUACAGCUCCAAGGCGGUGGGCGAACCUCCACUCUUCCUGGCCGCCUCCGUCUUCUUCGCCAUCAAGAACGCCGUCGCCUCGGCCAGGGCGGACUCAGGGUUGAAGGGCGCCUUCCGCCUCGACUCGCCCGCCACCGCCGCCAAGAUCAGGAUGGCCUGUCAGGACAGGUUCACCCAAAAGUUCCCUGAACCUGAGCCUGGCACCUUCACGCCCUGGAAUGUGACGCCCUGAAAUCUGUUGUUCUCGUCAGACUUUUUUCUAUAAAAGUGCCUUAAAUUUUUACUGGUAGAAAGGAAGUGGGGUGCAGAGAAAGAUGGUUUAUUUUUGUAGUUUUUCUUUGUUAAAUUUAUUUUGAAUAUUAAUAAAUUGCCAGAGUUGUACUCGUGAAACA